AUGGUAUCAGAGCCACUCUGCCGUGUGGUGCGAGUGUGCCGACCAGGACGUUGGGCCCUUAAGGGGCGAAGCCAAUCCCGGGAUGUGACAAUUUGGAGUGGAGUUAAACCGACAGUGGAUUAUUUCAAGGUUUGUGGGUGUGUCUCCCAUGUACAUGUACCUGAUAGCAAAAGAACAAAGUUGGAUGAUAAAAGCUUAAGGUGUGUCUUGCUUGGUGUCAGUGAGGAGUCUAAAGCAUACAGAUUGUAUGAUCUAGUCUCUCAGAAAAUCCUUGUAAGCAGAGAUGUUGUGUUUGAAGAGGAUAAAAGUUGGGAUUGGGACAAAAGACAUGAAGAAGUGAUAUUAGCUGAUUUGGAGUGGGGUAACAAUGAAAAAGGAGCAACCAGAGUCGCUGAAAAUGAAGAAGAAGGUGAUGCAGAUUUUAAUAAUGAAGGUGCUGCUGACUUUGAUAAUGCCACAUGA